UAGCCAUUUAGGUACAUUUGGGCAGACAACACAUAAAUUGGUGACGUAUUAAUUAUAUGCUACCAGCAGACUCCGACAGAGUAUUGUUUGUUCAUUUAUUACACCGUUAAUUUGAAGAGGAGAUGUCACUUAAUCUGCGUUGUAAGUCCAAGGCAGGACAGCAUUAUCUCAAGGAUCUAAAUGCAACAUCUACAGUUUCUGUAUUAAUGGAUAGACUUCAUGAGUUGACCCAUAUACCUCGAGACUGCAUCAAAGUCAAGCAAGGAUACCCACCGAAGGUCAUUGAUCUCUCAAAGGAGUCUGAUGAGUUAUCUACCCUGCCUUUCCAAUCUGGUGACACACUCAUUGUGGAAGAAGAUGUAUCUUUGAGAAAAAAGAGACAACAAAAUGUUGAUAAUGUUCUUCAAGAUCAAAUAAGUACGUGUUCAGGAAUGCUUAUGAGGAAAGUUGUUCCUGCAGAUAAUUGCUGUUUAUUUACAAGUAUUGACUGUGUUACUAAUCACGGUAAAGUUGAUUUAUCUAGUUCUACACAGAUGCGAGAGUUGAUAGCAGGUGUUGUUAUGAGUGACCCUGUAACAUAUGAUACAGCCAUGCUUGGAAAAAGUAACUCAGAUUAUUGUAAGUGGAUAAUGAAGGCCGAUUCAUGGGGUGGAGCGAUUGAAAUUUCUAUUUUAACAAAGUAUUAUGGUAUAGAAAUAGAUGUUGUGGAUACGCAAACGGGUAGAAUUGACAAAUUUGGUGAAGAUCAAGACUACAAAGAAAGGGUGCUACUUAUAUAUGAUGGUAUUCAUUAUGACCCACUGGUCCUGGAACCACUAGUCCCGGGUGAUGCAAUACACACAGUGUUUAAAACUAAUGAUGCUAACAUACUGUCACAAGCUAUAGAAAUUGGGAAUGAAGCAAAGCAGGCGAGGCAGUUCACAGAUGUUGGAAAUUUCACUUUAAGGUGCUUGAUAUGUCAAUUGAGUCUGAGAGGUGAAAAAGAAGCACAGAGUCAUGCCAAGUCAACUGGACACAUUAACUUUGGAGAGUAUUAGUUAUAUUAAUCGAAUUUGGUGCAGCAUCCAUAUUAGAUUAAUGAAUUUUAAUUGAUAUAUUCACAUUUCAUUGCUAAUCAAUAUUAAAGUUACUUUAUAGUCAUUGUUCAACUGUAUGCAGGUAUGGAAUGGCUUAUUGGUCAAAAAUCAAAACCUUCUGUCUCAGUUUGGGGAAGGACCAGUGAAAUACUGCUGAUAGUCCAGAUUUGCCCUUCCCUGACCUAGGGCAAUUGACAGACAAGUUUUUAGCUCGACUAUUCGAAGAAUAGGUGGGCUAUACUACUCGCCCCAGCGUCCGGUUAAAGUUUUAGGGCAAGUUGGGAUUUUCACUUAUAAGUCCAAUACCCUACAUUCAAUUGACUUAAUACUUCACGCAGUUGUUUAGGGCCAUCACAUGGUGAGGUUAGAUAACUCCAUAUUAUUCUUUACACAGAUUAUGGCCCCUGAUUGACUAUGGAACUUAGGUUAAAGUUUUAGGGCAAGUUGGAAUAUUUAUUAAUAACUUCUAUAUCCUUUGUUCAAUUGACUUAAUACUUCACACAGUUGUUCAGGACCAUCACACAAUGAGGUAACAUAACUCCAUAUUAUCCUAAAUACAAGUUAUGGCCCCUGAUUGACUUAAAGUUUUAAGGCAGGUUAAAGUUUUAGGGCAAGUUGGGAUUUUCACUUUAAACUCCAAUACCAUUCAAUCAAUUGACUUAAUACUUCACACAGAUGUUCAGAGCCAUCACAUAAUGAGGUUAGAUAACUCCAUAUUAUCUUUUAUACAAAUUAUGGCCCCUGAUUGACUAUGGAACUUAGGUUAAAGUUUAAGGGCAGGUUGGGAUAUUGUUUAAUAACUUCUAUACCCUUCAUUCAAUUGACUUAAUACUUCACACAAUUGUUCAGGACCAUCACCCAAUGAGGUUACAUAACUCUAUAUCCUUAAUACAAGUUAUGGCCCCUGAUUGACUUUGGUUACAGUUUUAGGCAAGUAAAAGUUAAGGGCAAGUUGGGAUAUUAAUAAAAAAACUUCUAUACGGUUCAUAAAAUGCACUUAAUAAAAUUCAAAAUUAUUAACGACCAUCUUACAGCAAGAAACAGAACUCCGUUUUAAGCCUUAAUACAAAUUAUGGCCCUUUAUUUUUUUGUUUUAAUUUCCUUUGAAAGGCAUAUUUGUAUAUCCUUAACCACAUUUUCAUAAUGAGAAAUCAAGUUAUUUGAAUGACUUGCGUCAUUGUUUGGGUGGGCUGGUGGGAGGGCAGCAUCAAAGUCACCUUAUGUAUCGAAUAAUUUAAGUUAGGUUUGGCAUAAAGAGAUCAAACUUGGUAUUAUUACAUGUCGUUAUUGUAUUCUAACUCAAAGCGGCGUAGUCGAGCGCUCUGUCUUACGACGGCUCUUGUUUAUGUUUACAUUUACAUUUUUUAUACGACCGUUCAUUGAACAGGAUAUACAUUAUUAAUUUAUUAUAAAUUAGCCUGCGGCGUAGGGACGGGUGGGCAGUUAGGCAGACGGCAGCCAGUAUGUUGUCAAUAUGAUCAAUAACUUUAGAAGCAAUUGUCCAAUCAUCAUCAAGUUUGGUCAGAAUGUGCAAAAGUUUGUACAAGUUUGAUAAACAGCUGUAUAGCUUGUGUCACUCGAAAGUUAUCACCCUUUAAUUUUUGAAAUUACCUAAAAUGAGACUUGUCCGAUAAUAACUUUAGAAGCUUUUGUCCAAUCAUCACCAAAUUUGGUCAGAAUGUGCCUGUCUGGUUUAAUAACUUCUGCACUCCAGAGUUAUGACCCUUGAAUUGACAUUAACUGUAUUAACAGUUUCUGCUCUUUAAAUUUGGCUUAAAGUUCAACCAUUUACACGUAUCACCAAACUUGGUAGUCCUAAAAAAAGGAUGUGCAAUUUUUGUGAUAGUUGGCUCCCUUGUUAUUUCAGAAAAUUAAAAAUCACAUUUUAAUUAAUAAGUUUGCGCAAUAUUUUGUAGAAUAAAAAAAUACCAAAGUGGAGCAAGACAUGUAGCAGGACUGAGGUGAAAUUAAAAUUGUAACAUUCCUGAGUUGCUUCCCAUGUGGCUAAUGUAAAAUGUUAUCAAACACAUAUUUCACAACAAAAAGUACAUACCGCAUACAUUUGAAUUACUGUUCCAAUUUAAACUGGAGUUUUCAAUAAGAUAAAAGAUGUGAAAGAUGUCUGAUCUUACUCUUUAAUUACAGGUAAUUGAAAAAUAUGAAUAUAUCUAUGAAAUGUUUAUAAAUGUAGCGCUUUGAGGUGUUAUGAAAUAAAUCAAAUCAAAUCAAAUGCAUUUACACAGAAGAUUAUUCUGGAUAGUGAUGGGUGACCUUAUUGGACUUUUCACUGGUGAUAAUAAACAGUAACUUACUAUGUUGUUUAAAUGCACAUGUACUUCAUGUUUUACUUGCUUGAAAUGCCUGUCCUUAUUUUAUGACGUUAUGUGGAUGAAAUAGUUUAUUGCUUGUGUGUGUUUGAAAGUAACCUAACUAGAAAUUUGAAUGAGAAAUUUUGUACUAAUUGUCAUGAUGUAUGGUUACACAUUAUACCUCAAACUUAUUUCAAUUUUGUUCAGAGCAUAUACUUACUAUAAUGAAAAUAAUAAUAAUAAUAAUAGUAAUAAUACAUCUUUGUAAAUAGUAUAAUUAAAUAUUUAAUCAGAACUAGUAAUUAACUUCUUCAACAUCAGUGUUUAAGAGGAGAGUUCUAAAAAAGUUUACAUUGUGGCAUUUAAGUGAGUUUAGUUGAAACAACUCUUAGUUUCUGUAUUAAAAUUGUAUAAUGUUAGUUCUCUUUAUAUUGUGACUAGCAUGAUUAUAAUGAACAGUUAUUUUGAAACAGAAAAAUAAAGUUGACAUGUAAAUUAGAUGAUACCUGAAUGUCUUUUUUAUACAUGUUGUAUCAUGAAUUAAAAAUGAAAUACACAUGUACAUGCUU